AUGGCGGCCCGAGGAGAGCAGCCGGGGAGCUCGGCCCGCUUCGUCUAUGUGACCCGCUUCGGUUCUCAUCAGUGUGGCAACGUCCUGCACUUGAGCGGGCCCCGGGCUCGGGGUCACGGGCAGUGCGCCCCGUUCAGGGGGCACUGUGGUCAGGAGGAGCCACCGGGAGCGGAAGUGGGGACCCGGGGCGGCGAAGAGCGGCUUCCGGCCCCCGAGAGGGCCCUUGGGGCCGGUCCUCAGGGGUCCGUGGCCUCAGUUUCCCCUCAGCGGAGAGCGUGGAGGGCUCAGAGUGGCUGCAGGCCGACGGCGCGUGCAGGUUCAAUUCUGAAGAAAGCAGCUGAAAAAUAUGACUUUCCAAUACCUUUGAAGGAAACUUCCAAAAUAAUGAAGAAGAAAAAAAAAGAGGUGUUAUGGAAGAGCGUAUACAAAGUAAUUUCUAGAAUGCUUCAAGAAAAUGAAAAAUACAGACUCAGGCUAAAUUCCCAGCAAUUAUCUAGUGAAAAUACAGAUUAUACAAGAUGA